GAACAUUUGAAUAUUAAUAUUACAAAGAAGAUUCAAAUCUUUCAAAAGACUCCUGCCGAUCAAAGGUCAAUAAUGGUAGUUAAACAUUAACGGGUAUGGUGGUUUCUGGUCUCCCGUUCUUAUCUCAAACAUAUUACUGUUAUCAAACUGUUUUUCACGCAGACGUCAACUUUGAAUAAAUUUUACAUUUAUAGAAACGUUAAAUUUAUCAGACUCACCUCUCGAAUUAAAUGCCACCAUGAAACUGGUGAAAUUUUUUAAUCGUUUUCACCUUUUUUCGCGGGAAACCUUUCAAGUCCGCCGACGCUUUCUUCAAUUCUGUCCCCCCCAUACGCCUCUCGUUUUCAAGCUCUUUGUAUUUUAAUCAGAAACCCCAUUUGAAUUGACCAAUUUUUAGUUAAAUUAAUAUAUAGAAAUAGAAACGUAAUCGAGAUAAAUCGGAUUUUAAAUAAUUUCUUUGAUAGUUGGAGUAGGUGGGUUCGAUUCGUUUUGGGGCAACUUCAUCAAAUUUCGAUUAAAGAUGGAGUUGCAUCACAAAUCGUUCAUUGUUUUAGGUGGGGCUUCCUUGAGAAUAUUAUAUCUCUUGGAAUUUAGCGAAAAACCCACGGAUUUUGAGAUCUUUAUAGUUCGAAUUUCGCAGAUAAGAGAUCAUAAUCAUAAUCAUCAAGGUGUUGAAACGAAGAAUGUUUUGGUGGGAAUUCGAUUUGAUGAAUGUGGUAGAGAGCUUCUUGAUUGGGCUAUGGUGAAAGUUGCAGAUGCAGGUGAUCGUGUAAUCGCCAUUAACGUUUGUCAUAAUUCAGACUCUGUAUCAAAGUACAAGAGUUUGUUGGAUGAUUAUUUGGCCGAUUAUGAAGGCCUUUGUGACCAAAAACAGGUUGACCUUACAGGUCAAGUAGUGAGAGGGAAUUCAAUACGGAAAGUUUUGGUUAAAGAAGCGAAGUUUUAUUCUGCAGCCGCUGUUAUUGUUGGGGUUAGCAAGAUCAGGGCUUUCGGGUGUUGGCUUUCAAUUGCUAAAUAUUGUGCAAAGAAACUACCUUUAGCAACUGAAGUUUUGGCUCUCCAUAAUGGGAAAGUUGUUUUCAAGAGGUUUUCCAAUGGCCAACUUUCAGGGUCAAUGCGAGAUCCGAGGCCAAGUUUCUACUUAAUCGGCAACUCCAAUUUGAAAGACACCCAGUCGGAGUUUUGCUACUCCGAGGCCUCUGAAAUGGGAAGACACAGUUCCGAAGAGAUCAAAAGCCUAAAAGAUGAAGAAUUAGACCCUUUCGAACUGCGGAAGAAAGCUCUGAGCUCUGUUUCUGUCGUGAUCGAGGAUUUUGCCCAUCAAAGACCCGGAUGGCCUCUUCUCCGAGCAAACACCGUGUUAACGCCGUCGGCAAUGGAGGCUAGAAAAAUGUCGGUGGUGAAGUGGGUGAUGAACUUGCCGAACAGGUCGACGCCGGGGACUCCAAGAACGCCGUCGUCGAAUAGUGAAAUUAGCCCUAAAAGCAUGGCGUCGGAUUCUAGGUCGGAAUCUAGUUUGUUCACAAACACGAGCAAUGAGAGUGGAACUCCGAUCGAUAAAAGCCAUGAGUUGCCGGAAAUUUUGAAUCUUUUACUCAAAACUAAUCCGUCUCGAUGCCAAUGGUUUGGAUUUGAUCUACUUAGAGCCUCAACAUCUAACUUUGCGUCAGAGAAUUUGAUCGGGAAAGGUGGUUGUCAUCGUGUAUAUAAAGGGAUGUUUCCUGAUGGAAAAAUGGUGGCUGUGAAGAUCAGAAGAUCAUCAAGAGAAGCAUGGAAAGAUUAUAUUCUGGAAAUCGACAUUAUGACUUCGCUAAAUCAUGAAAACAUCACACCUCUUUUAGGGGUAUGCGUGGAAGAAGAUAACUUGAUUUCUGUUUAUGAUCUCGUGCCUAGAGGAAAUUUAGAGGACAAUAUACAUGGUGCCACGAAGGACAAAUCGAUUUUAUCAUGGGAAAUAAGAUUGAAUAUAGCCAUUAAAGUUGCUGAAGCUUUAAACUAUUUGCAUAAAGAAUGUCCUCGGCCUGUCAUUCAUCGUGACAUCAAGUCUUCCAACAUUCUUCUCUCAGAGGAAUUCGAGCCUCAGUUAUCGGAUUUUGGGCUUGCGAUAUGGGGACCCACAAGUUUACCAUUCCUAAGUCAUAGUGAUGUGGUUGGAACAUUUGGAUAUCUUGCUCCCGAGUACUUUAUGUAUGGGAAAGUUAGUGAAAAAAUUGAUGUUUACUCUUUCGGUGUUGUUCUCUUGGAGCUUUUGACCAGAAAAAGACCGAUCAAUUCAGAUCCCGUUAAAGGCGAAGAUAGUUUGGUCAUGUGGGCAAAACCGAAGCUAGAAAAGGGAGAUUUAGCAAGCAUAUUAGAUGUCGAUUUGGACAAAGAAGUCAACAAAAAUCAAAUAGUUCGAAUGGCUCUAGCUGCAACACUUUGUCUCACAAGAUCAGCUAGAAGGCGUCCCACAAUGAACGAGGUCUUAAACAUUUUAAGAGGGGAGCAUGAUUUGGACAAGAAGUCAAAUCAAAAUGAUUUGGAAUUGUUGUGUACUAAUGAAGAUCAUGACGAUGAUGAUGAUGAUGAUGAAGUUUAUCCGGAAUCAAAUGCGGAGUCUCAUUUGAGUCUUGCGUUUCUUGAUGUUGAUGAUAAGUCAACAUCAUUUGGUAGUGUGGAUGUAAAUCAACACACGCGGCAUACAUUAGAAGGAUACUUGAGGGGAAGGUGGAGCCCGUCUUCGAGCAUGGAUUAGGUUUGUUUUUGUGUGGUGUGGGGAAAAUUCUUCGGGUUUUUUUGUGAAGAAUGUAGAUAGUUUUGUAUAGCUUAAGAAUGUAUACGAAGGGGAAAAAAGAAUGUGCACCCGAUGAUGAGGUGUUGUGUGUUUUAACGAAUCGAGAUGUAAACGUGAGAGAUUUUCUAGUGAAUUGAGAUUUGUGGUUUUCAUUCAAAUUUGUCUCGAUAGUGUGUUUUAACUUUUGUUACACAAGACAAAAGUCGCACAAUAUAUAUUACGCUUAGCAUG